UAAUCGGUUCGGUUUCAACAACGACAACAACGGGUCAGGGGGGACAACAAGUUUUGGCGGUUAAAAGCGAUGAAUUCGUUGUGUUUGUGUUGUCGACGCCACCACGGCUUGUCUCCAUUGUCUACAACGUCAUUGCUCCGUUGCGCACCGCCGGUUUCGCGCCUCUGUAUCCACCCGACGAACACGUCUCGUCGACGUCCAGGUCAUUUGCUGUACAACAUUGCCGCGGAGUUUAUUUCCAGGACUCGAGCAAACAUGGCCGUCAACGAAUGCGGCAGCCGACCGUACACGGUGUUCGUCGAGGGGAACGUGGGUAGCGGAAAAACUACUUUUUUGGAACAGUUCGCAGACUGCCCGAACGUGUACCUCGCCAAGGAACCGGUGCACAAAUGGCAGGACGUGCGCGGCCAUAACUUUUUGGGCCUGAUGUACGAGGACCCGAAACGGUGGAGCUUCGCGUUUCAGUCCAUCGUGCAGAGGACCAUGUUGGAACUGCACCAGACCAGACCGAAACUACCCGGUCAGAACAUCAAGAUAAUGGAACGGUCCAUCUAUAGCGCCCGAAAUAUAUUUGUUGAAAACUUAUACAAAGAUAAUCUUAUGGCAGCUCCCGAAUAUUCUGUGCUAGAUGCAUGGUAUAAGUGGCUAAUAGAAAAUGUUCAAAUUGAAUCAGACCUCAUAAUUUAUUUGAGGACUGAUCCAGAGAUAGCUUACCAAAGAAUCAAAACCAGGAAUAGGUCUGAAGAAAAAAAUGUUUCAUUGGAAUACAUACAACAUUUACAUGAAUUGCAUGAUAAGUGGUUAAAUGUACACAUUACUGACGUACCAAAGAAUAUACCUGUAGUGAUUGUUGAUGCUAAUCAAAGUAUGGAUUUAGUUAAAAAGCAAUUUAAAGGUAUUAGAGACCUAAUAACUAAAAAUGCGUCUGCACUUGGAGAACCAAAAACAAGUCCCACAAAUACUGAAAUUGGUAAAAAUAUAAAUGACAUUCACAUCUCAUCUAAUUGUAAAUUGAUGUCUGACUCCUCGACCAUUAUUCCAGCUCAAAGAGUCUAAUUUAAACAUUAUUUUCUUUGUCAGCUUAAACUUAUAAGACAUAUAUAUUUUUUACUUUAUAUUUAUACUUUUAUUUACGUAAAUACUUUUGAUAGAAAAAUAAAAAUAUUGAAUAAGGGACACGGAUUUCACAAGGUUUCCUAUAUAUUUUGUAAUUAUAUAUAAUAUAGUAUAAUACAUAUUGCAAUAUGAUUAGUCAAAAAGAAAAUCUAUACAUUUAUACUUGUAAAAAAAUAUUAUUUAUUAUCAUUUUUUUUUUUUCGUUUAAACUAUUUCACUGGUAAAUGUUACUUAUUGCACAUUUGAAACAUUU